GGUUUAAGGCGGAAUGAUUCUGCGCACCCAGCAGCUGGGAGUGGUGGUUGUGUUGGAAUAUAAUCUAUUCCAAACACAUCUGCAGUACCUUCACGCAAUUUCUUAGUUGUAAAGUUAAACGAUAAUCUCUGUUUAUUCAGAACUGGUACUUGUUGAGUUAAACAAAUGAGGGUGGAUGGGUAGGCUGCUAGUGUACUGUCUCAAAUGAUAUGCAAAUAUCUCUUUGUCUUGCACCUAAACUCACAGCGAGUUACACUGUCGAAAGGCACUGAAACCCACCUGCAGUGUUAGACAGUCACAUUUGCCCAAUUUACGUAGAACUCCGAACUGCCUCCUGCAUGUACUGAGGAUUCGGACCAGUGACCAGGUGAAAGAGGUCGACCCCGGUCUCUGUGAGUAAGAUGAGUGUCGGGACGGAUAAAUCAUCAGAUGUCCGAGUUGGUGUGUCACAACCCCAGGAACAGGCAGGUGUUGAACAGAACGGCCUGGACUUUACUCGACAGAUCAAAACUGAGGACCAGAGAGAGUCACCUUCACAGGACCUGCAGCCACUUCACACCUUGCAGCAGCUAGUGGUUGUACCUGGGCAUCAUCUGCAGACGGCAGCAACCUUCCUAUUGCCUCAGACACAGCAGAACCAACAAGGUGAUCUCUCAUUCUGCUCACAGGGACUUUUUUAUAGUUCACUUCAGUCUCCCAACUUGCUUCCAUUGUCUCAGCAAUCACAGAGUUCCCUCUGUUCUCCUCAGACUGGCGUUGGGCUCACUUCACAGGCAGUAAUUCGAUCAGGUCUCAUGGGCUCGACCCUGGAGUCACAUUUGGAAGCUCUUCCUCCUCACCAGGUCCCAAAGCACAUUGCUCCAAAGCACAUCCCUCCUGUGCAGUCAGAUGAGCCAAAUGACUUGGAGGAACUGGAACAGUUUGCAAAAACAUUUAAGCAAAGGCGAAUUAAGCUGGGUUUCACGCAGGGAGAUGUUGGAUUAGCGAUGGGAAAACUGUAUGGAAAUGAUUUUAGUCAAACUACAAUCUCCCGAUUUGAGGCUUUGAACCUGAGCUUCAAGAACAUGUGCAAACUCAAGCCGCUGCUGGAAAAAUGGCUGAGUGAUGCAGAAAAUGUCCCCUCUGAUUCUACACUGAACAGCCUGGCAUCUCUCACUCCACAAAUGAUUGGGUUGGAGGGUCUUGGCCGCAAAAGGAAGAAGCGGACGAGCAUUGAAACCAACAUUCGCCUAACCCUGGAGAAGCGUUUCCAUGAGAACUCUAAGCCCAGCUCCGAAGAAAUUGUGAUGAUUGCAGAACAGUUGUCAAUGGAGAAAGAAGUUGUCCGUGUUUGGUUUUGUAAUCGGCGUCAGAAAGAGAAGCGGAUUAACUGCCCUGUUGCUCCAUCCACCAAAACACCAAUGUACAGCUCAAGACUGGUUUCUACGUCUGGAUCCAUUGACCCUCUGAUCAUGACACAUGCGCACAACAAUUUGAAUAUGACAGGAGUGUCUUCCUCCAGUAUGACCAACAGGCCUUCCUCACCAGUCACAUCAUCCACUGAGAGUGGCCACAGCUCAACAAGCAGUCAGUCUGGGCUCAGCACUACUCCAGGCUCACGAUUCUGGUGGAAUAGUCCCUCAUUUCUUCACUGAAAGUUCUGGGAUUUCACCUUCUGAUCAGCCACUUCUUCAAUCCUCAGUUACUGUUAUGCAUUUUACAGGUGCACUGUAAGGGUGGACAAUGGAAAACCUGCAUUACUCCCAGACAACAUUUAAUGCAAAAGUUUUAGAAGUUUUGCAAUGAGAAUAUAAACAUUGCAAUUUAGUAACGAUGGUCCAAUGGACUGAGUGUUGUGCUGCCUUCAAUGUGUUCCCUUCACUGCCAAUCAAAGCUAAUGGAGCAUUAAACUGCAACCUUCUGCCAUUCUGAUCUCUAUCCAGUGGAUUUAUUGGUGCCUCUUUUUGUGCAAGUUGCAAUAAUGUUACCAUGAAUCUUUCACUGUAUAUUAAACCUGACUCCCUAGAUGUUAGGAAGCAUUUGCAGGCCCACUUCUGUUCCCAUUAGCAGAAUGUUAUUUUACUUCCAAUUAAAUUUAAUAUUCACCAUACUGCUGACUCCAUUCUGACUGGCCAGUGGUUGUGUGAGUAUCUUACAUUCAUGCUAUAGCUACUGGUCAAAAGAAUAAUGGGAGCUGAACCUCAAUGAUUUCUGUGUUUGCUUAAUAUUGGGCUUUUUAAUUGCAUUAAUGUAUGUAUAAUUCAAGAUUGUGUGUAGCAAAAAGACAUUUCUUUUAACCCUGUAGUUCACCUUUAUAAUGUCUGGGAUUGUUGCUCACAACCCUUUAAACUGCCGAACUGCUUUAAACUGUUUGGUUCUGGGCCUUGGGCAAUAAUCUUGGCAUUAUUGUGGGCCUGCUCCUCAACUAAAUUCUGGGGCAACAGAAACAAAUCUGAGAGAAUAUUAGAAAAUGGGUGGCAACCUAGAUAUGCCCAGUCGUUUUGAUAUCCCAUCAAAAUGUGUAUGGUAUCAUUAUCUAUUUGUUGAUUAGAGAAUGCAGGCUUUUGCAUUACAGAUUGUGCCAACAGCCUUAAGUAAAAGAUAGUUCAUACAAGUAUCUGCUUUGACCUUAUUAACUCCGCUUAAAGGUUAUAUUUUCCAAUUCUACUUCCUCUUCUAUCCUGGGUUCAAUAUUGAGGAAUAUUUUCAAAUACUUUCCCAACCAAACAUUCCCAUGUUAAACACAUUCCAAAAUUUAAUUAAUUGGUCACAUUAUCCAUAAAAAGUGAUACUUAUUACUUUCAGGGCAUCUUCUUGUAAUUUCCUGAGUUUUUUUAUUAAUGUAAAUUUUACAUUCCAGUUACAUUAAAUUUGUGAUUUCAGUGAAAAUCAAAAGCUACUUAAUCCUUGCCUUCACCAAAGUACAUCACGUUAUCAUACAUAACCACUAAUUUUUACUCAUUCCAUAGACUGUGAUUGAAGAUUAGAACUGCUGCAAUACAUAGACACCAACUACAGUACAACAGAGUGGGUAUUGCAUUAACAAAGUAUAAUAGUUUGACAGUCGGUCUAUCUGAGGAAACAAGCAAGCAAUGGAAGAGUGUUUCAGAUCUCAGAACUUCAACUGAUUGUAUCUUGUUCUUAGUAAAGUGACAAGAAUAUAAAAGAGGGUCUUCCAUAUGUAUAAAACUUAAACUAUUCCAAUUGGCUUUACAGCUAGUAAUGCAUUUUUAUGUACAGUCACUGUUGUAUCAGGGAAGCUAAAUGCAUAUACAGUAGUAUCUCUCAAAUAGUGGUAUAAGCAUAUAAUCUAUAUUUGGUAAUGUUAACUGAGAGAGGUUGAUAAGGACACCACAGCUGCUUGAGCUAUUUUUUUUUUUAGUUGGUUUGAUAUUGAAUAUGAGGCCAUAUUUCACAAUAUUAAACUGCUUCAUCUGUGGUAUUUGAAACCACAAUGUAUAUCUGCUAUAAGCUCAGUUAUGCUGACAAUAACGUACUUACUACUUUUUAUUAUGACCAAUAAUAUUAUUGGAGGUAGCAUCAACAGUUUAGCCUAAAUACAAUUCGUAAGCUGCAAAGGAAGGAAAUGGUUUAGCUCAUUUGUGUGAUAGCUAGUUUUGUUUUAGAAGUCCAAUUUGAAAAGGAUCCAAAAACAUUAAAUGAAAUGCUGCUCAUGUUGGAUAUCUGUUUUUUUAAAAAUAGAAAUACAUAACGCGGCAAAACAGUUGAGGAAUUGGAGGUGAACUUAAUGAAAUAAAAGUUCAAGGCAACAUUCCUGAAGGAGAAACAGUGUAACAUUUCAAAUUGUUAACUUUCAGCAGAACUUCAUAAUGCUCUAAGAUACAGCAAGGAAGAAAGUGUAAAGAAGAAUAGGGGAUUUUAUACAAGUGAGAAGCAGUAGAGAUUAAUUGAUCGGAAAUGGCAGUGCAAGCCAAAAGAUAAUAAUCAGACCCAUAGAAUAAUUUGUGCCCUCCAGAGAAAAUAACAUAAAAUAGCAUAAAAUAGAAUUUGGGGUGUUAAGGCCCAGGGAUAAUGGGAAUAGAUUGCUGAAGUGAGCUGUGGGAUGGGACAAAUAGAAGUUCUUUGUUUUGUGUUCUUCAGUCUCAGCUUGAAGGUCUCAGUCUCAGUCUCAGUUCUUCAGUCUCAGACUUGCCAUCUGGAAUUGCACUGAAGGAUUGGUCUUCCUGAAGAAGACAAACAGCAGAUGUAAUCAAUGUCAUAACAACAUUCUGUCCAUCCCGUUUUUAUUUAUUUUUCCUUCUGAUUUCUACUUAUUAUUUAUGAUGUUCCUGUGUUGGUAAAUCAUGUGAAAUCUAGACUUAAAAUACUUCAGGCUGAUGUGAUUUACAUGCUAAGGCCGAAUAUGAGUAUCUGGAAGGAGUUGAGGGAAUUUGCAAAUUAGUACAGUAAUGUAUUUCAAAUAGUCUCAAAUAUUUGAGGACUCGAUAUCCAAAUAAUUGUGUGUGAAAUGGGGUUUUGUGCAUGAUGUGUGGAAGUAGCUUUUGAUAAUUUGUAAGACUCUGCCUCAGUGGUCGGGCCACCUGCCUUCAACUUUGUACGUUUCGUGUAAUAAAGUUUUUACUAAAGCUAAG